AAAAAAAUGAAAAUGUGCCUCCACACCCUAAAGCCUGGGAGGAGAGAUGUUUAACUGCAUUCCUAUCCUCUAACAACAAACCAGCCAAUGCGUCUGAACCCUGGAUCGGCUCUGAAGAGUGAUUCGUAACGUCUCUGUGGUCAACAUGACGACCCAGAAAGAACCACAGAAGGAGCUUUCAGACCCGGGCAAAUCAUCCGGGCCCAACUCCUGGUCUCGGGUCACCUGUCCCUGCUGUAUUUCCAGUCACAUAGAGCCUUUGGUUUUAAUCCAACUGGCUGAAAAUGUUCAACAUAUCACCAAACAGUGGAUCAUGUCAACGAUAUCGGCACCUGGGAAGAAUGGAGGGGCGCAACUUUUAGUCCAUCCCGGUGAGGACAUGAAAGGAGACAUGAUAGUUGUGGCGGCCCCUCGCUGCACUCUUCUCAGGGUGACCGAAGACCUUGGGCUCUGUAAAACCUACCAGGAUGGCAACAUGACAACAUUUUCCUAUGAUGACAAAGACAGCUUUCUUAACAUUGACAACAUGCAGCAGUUCCUGACGCUGGCCGAAAGGCAGUUCAUUGUCAAAUAUGAACUGGAUUCCAUGAGAGCCUUGGAGGACCAACGUAUCCCAGGGAUCCCGGCACCCAAAGGGAAGUUGAAAGCCAGAGAAAGCAUCUUACAGAGGCUGGAGAAAGUGGGUGUGAUUCGCAACGUCACACCACUACAUGACCAGAAGAAGCUCACAGCUUUAGGGAAAGAGUGGUACUCUCACAAAAGCCUCUGGGGUCAACCACUAGAUGGCAUCCAGGCUUAUUUCGGUGGCACUAUCGCGUAUUACUUCAGCUUUUUGGACUUCUACACAUUAUCGUUGUUUCCUCCAGCCAUCCUGGGCCUGUUCAUCACCUUCUUCCUCCCCAGCGCAAACUUUUCAGCUAACAAAACGGCGGAGUCUGCGCAGCCAAAAGAUGAUGACGAUCCAGUCAGUUCCUACAUGGUGCAGGCUGUAUUCAGCAUGAUUUGGUCCACAGUAUUUAUGGAGCUUUGGAAAAGACGGAGCGCCACCUUAGCUUAUCGCUGGGGGACUUUUAAUUUAGCCGAACAGUUCCAAGAACCCCGGCCGGGUUUUCGCGGAGAACUGGGCACCAAUCCGGUCACGGGCCGACUGGAGCCGCUGUUUCCCGAUUGGAAGAGAAAGCUCAGGAUGGGUUUGGUUUCGGUGCCUGUGGUCGGGGUGUUUUUAGGCCUAGUGGUCUUGGGAAUGACGGGGUUCUACUUUUUCGAGCGACUGAUGUCAGGCUGGCACAAAGCAUAUAAUUCGUACUUCACAGCUGUCUUGUUGUAUUUUCCCUCCAUUGCCCAUAUAGUCUACACCAACAUGCUGGGGAAUGUAUAUCGUAAUGUGGCCUUAAAGCUAACAGAAGCAGAAAAUCAUAGGGAGGAAUCGUCCUUCGAUUAUCAUCAUACAACCAAAGUCCUCGUGUUUACUUUUUUUAAUAAUUUCGCUGUCCUCUUCCACAUCGCUUUCUUCAAAGAAGACAUUCCUCUACUGCGGAAGAGGUUAUCCUCUCUGCUGAUAGUGACCCAGCUGGUGGGUCAGUUCACAGAGGUGGUGGUCCCUUACCUUGUGGACAGAUUUGUAACAUCUUCAGAGAGAAACCUGAAGGAAGACGAUCCAGAAGUCGAUCACCUUCAAGCUCAGGGAAAUCUACCAGCUUUCCCAGGCCUUUUUGCUGAAUACAUUGAGCUUCUGGUUCAAUUUGGGUAUCUGAGUCUUUUCUCCUGUGUCUACCCUCUGACCGCCCCUUUGUUACUGCUCAACAACCUUACAGAGAUUCGUACAGAUGCCUAUAAGCUUUGCAAGCUCUUCAACAAGCCCUUCUCUGCCCCCGUGGCCAACAUGGGUGUAUGGCAGCCUGCGUUUGAGGUGUUAAGCUUCAUAUCGGUCAUGUCUAACUGCUGGCUGUUGCUUCUGUCUCCGCGAGUGAGGGAUCUCACACAGGAUGCUGGUUUUAGCAGUGUACAAGUUCUUGUUAUUGCUGUCAUUGUGGAGCAUGCUCUGAUCGCACUGAAGAUGAUUCUGGCCUUCAUCAUUCCCGAUGAACCGGAUUGGGUCCAAAUCAAGAGGGAACAAAUCGAGUAUAAUUCUAUGCAAGCACUAAAGAAGCAGAGGAUUAAGCGAGUCAAUGUGGGUGAUGCUCUCCAAACGAAGACCAAAAUCUGACCACUUUCUUGCCAGAGAUGAAGAACGAAUGGUGUAUUGCUGCUUAGCUGUAAAGCUAUAUGACACUACUGUACUGUAUAUACUGAGCUUGCUGAUGCACCUUAUGACCUAGUUUACCAAAGACAGAUUCGGUAUCGUUCACUGGAUUUAUAAACCUCAAUCAUUAUUAUAAUUUUUAUUAAUAGUGCCUUUUUUAAGUCUACCGAGAUUAAGGCCAAGGAAGUUAUGACAGUGGAUUUUAAAUGUUAAAUAUACAAAAAAUAUCUAAAUUAAAAAUAAAAUGCAAAAAAACUAAAGGAAAACACCACCGUUUUUUAAUAUUUUACUAUGUUCUUACCUCAACUUAGAUGAAUGAAUACAUUCCUUUUCUUUUUUCGAUGCGUGCACUUAAUCUUUGUACAGCGCUUUGUGAAUGUGUUAGCAUUUAGCCUAGCCCCAUUCAUUCCUUAGGAUCCAAACAGGGAUGAAUUUAGAAGCCACCAAACACUUCCAUGUUUUCCCCAUUUAAAGACUGUUACAUGAGUAGUUACACAAGUAUGAGGGCACAAAAUAAAACUUUUGUUUGGAUCCUAAGGAAUGAAUGGGGCUAGGCUAAAUGCUAACACUUUCAAGAAGCGCUGUACAAAGAUUAAAAGUGCACGCAUUGAAUAAAGAUAGGUAUAUAUUAAUUCAUCUAAGUUGAGGUAAAAACAUAGUAAAUAUUGAAAUAUGGUGGUGUUUUCCUUUAAGGUUAAGGUUCAGAAAAUAAAGCUCUGUUAAAAGCUCUGAAAAGUAUAAAAUAGGUAGCAAAAAUCACUUUUUGUGCUAUCUGAUAAAGUUACUAAAAAUGUGUGCUUUUUUUGAUUUUGAUGAUGUAUGAAAGUGUAAAUAUUCUUUUGAGGAAAGAAAAUCAUACAGGUUGAAAUGACAUGAGAGAAAAAUGAUAAUUUAAAAAAAAAAACGUUUUACAUUGUUUUUUUAAUCCCAUGUGGUUUUGUGUGAAAUGACUCUGAUUUUGUCCUUGGUUAUGUUUUACAUUUCAUCAAAACUGAACUGUACAACUGUUUUUACCGAUGUAAAUAUCUACCCACAUGUGGCUUCAGUAAACAUGCUAUGCAAAUGUCUAGUGGUAUAUAAUAGCCCUUGAUGUGCUGUAACACUGAAUGCUGUCUAUGUCAUUGAAUGCCUCUGAGAAAAAGAUGUACCAGAGUCUUUCAUUAAAAAAACACAAUGACACACAUUGCAGUUUAAUCCGUUUUAAUAAAUAAAUAUAAAAAUAAA